CGCUAAUUCACUACCUUCAAUCAAGGGUGCUUUAUCAACCUAGGCAGAUAUUCUCUUUCUAGGUUAAAGCAGAACAACAGGAAUUUGAUCAGGAUUCAUGCCAUUCAAUAAAUCAAACCUCAAUUGAAUAUAAUCAUAUCACUGAAUCUGUACUUGGGUUCAUACCAUCGAACCUAACAUACAAAUCUAGGGUUCUUCAUACCUAGGGGAAAGAGAAAGUUACUCCAUAGAGAGAGAUGGGAAAUCUAGCUCAGAUGCAGAAACCAUACUAUGAAGGAUGAGAAUCUGCUUCUGGCACUCAAUCAGCUCUUCUCCAAGCUCAAGUCAGGCUCUAAUGGUGAUGGAGUUCGAUCAAAGACACUUGCAGAGAUCAGGUUCGUCACUUUCUCUGUCUACGUAUAUGCUUUUUCUCUCUAAAACUCGGAACACCUCACUUUUGCCCUUAUUUUCCCUUAAGAAGCUGUAUGUCGCUAUCCCCGAUCUGAAUACCCGGUCGGGUAUUUUAGGAGGACACCGGGGAUUCUCAAAAUGCACCAUUGGGGACAGGGGGUUAAUCCCCGGUCAAGGCCAAGAAUACCCGACCGGGGAUUUAAGCGUCACGACCGGGCCCCCCUCUGCUUCUCAGAUGCCCAAAAAUCCUUUUCCCCGGUCUGCUCCAAUUAAUACCUGGCCGGGUAUUUUGCCCCUCCUGCACACUUCAACUCAAACGUGCUCCUUCCGAUCCAAAACUCGUUUCUUCGCCCCGAUGUCAACGCCAAGCCCUGAAAUAUGACAUAAACGCACAACCUAGUGUGAAAUUGGCUUAAAACAAGAGAAUCAACAUCUCAAACGGCUCAAGAAUAGGGGUAAAAACAUGUGCAAUCAAUGGUCUAUCAACUAUGCAUUAGUAGGUGGUUACACUUGGCCACUUUCUAUUGUAACGGUAGGAGCGAGUCAAGUUUUAUUUGGCGCAGUUGCCGGGGACGGCUAUGUUGUUGAAGAAACGUGAUUUCUGUUACUUUAGCAUUUCUUUUCGACAUUGAUUGUUUUGCUUUGUCCCACUUGUGCCUUCACGGGUUUGCUUUCUUGGAUUGUGUGCAGGUAGUGUAUGACCCGUAGCCAGUCGGGAGACUUACUACCGUUAGACUCAGAGCUAGAACACACUUGUCACCAGCUUAGGAGACAACAGCGAGCAAGACUAGCUACGGAGGAAGUGCACAUCGACGGCCAUCUGAGCAGCGACUCUGAAGAGGAAUACGAGAUAGGCGAUCAGCAUAAGAGGGGGAACCUGAACCUGGGUCAGAAUCAACACCUAGGGAUUCCAUCCAGGUCCCCCAAGUGAAUCAGGUCCUGGAAAAUAACCCAGUUCCCCAGCCAGAUGGGGCUCAGCAUCCACCACCCCCGCCGGGUCCUACUAUAGAGUAUUACUACACUCCACGGGUCGUCGACAUCCACCCCGUCAUCCUGUAUCCACCCAUCCCAGCAAAUAACUUUAAGAUCAAGCCAUGCUAGAUUCAACUGAUCACAUCCUCCAUCCAGUUCCAUGGCCUCAAGGAUGAAGAGGCGAGGGUGCACCUUUCUCGGUUCUUGCAGCGUAUCAAUGGGUUCAAGCUGAAUGGUGUACCAGAUGACUCUAUCCGUCAUCAUCUCUUCCCCCACUCUCUAGCGGGGCAUGCAAAGAGGUGGCUAGGGACCCAACCCCCACUGUCCAUCACGUCAUGGGACGAUAUGGCCGACAAGUUUGUGCACAGUUACUACCCGGCCUCGAAGUCCACGGAGAUUCAGCGGGUGAUCACUCAUUUCUGCCAGGAGCCAGAUGAGUCACUACGUGAUGUCUAUGAGUGGUACUCGGGAUUCUUCUGGCAGUGUCCCCAUCACGGUUUUAGUGAUGCAUUCACAGUGGGGAAUUUCUACAACGCUCUAACCCUAGAGAGCCAGAGGGUGAUCGAGUCUCUAUGCCUAGGAGGGGAUAUUCUCACCAAGACUCCACCCGAGUUGAAUAAGAUGAUUAGUACUCUAGGUGCUCGAGAUCAUUAUUGGGGGCAGACCACUAGAGGCAGGAGCUCCAGUGAUCGAGGUGUGCAUUCUAUGGAAGCUAGAUCUGGGCUAGAGCAGGAGGUGGCCGAGCUGGUCCAUACAUUAAAUCAGCCCAAUAGUCUCAUUUUGCACAGAGGAUUGGCUGGCCAUUUAGUUGCACAGUGGCAGUGGUGUGAGAGCUCGAGCCACUUGGUGGAAGACUGCUUGGCUAUGCGGGAGUCUACUACAUCCCAGGAGCAGUUGGACUUCAUCGCCAAUGCUCAGCGCCUUGAUCCUUAGGGGUGGGAAAACGGUUGCGGUUUUGCGGUUAAACCGCAACCGCACCGAAUAAGAGCGGUUUGUGGUUAACCGCAAACCGUUUAAAAUGGUCUUUAUUCGGUAACAGUUAGUGAAAUUGGCUCUUUUGCGGUUUGUGGACUAACCGCACACCGCACCGAAUAAGUAACUUCACCGAAUAACUAACCGCGUAAGAGUAUACCCAACCCAAGCCCAACCCAUCCAACAACCCAAAAUGAAUUUUCCAAGUGCAU